CGAUGCAAAGGCCUGUAUGGUACUUUGUCCCCGUUCUCUACGAGCGAUUAUUUGAAAAUAAAACUCCGUGAGAACCGAAGGUGCCCCUGGCUUGGGUUGGUCUGACAACAGGGAAACCCUCAGCUCAGGCCGACAUAAGACUCACAUUUUCUUCCCCAUUUACCCUCAUUGGAGACGACAGAUACUAAAGAAUUGACAUGAAACAAGGCCGAUAUAUUAUAAUUCGGAAAGAAAAGCAGAUAAUUCCUCAAAUGCCGCUGGCAACUUCAAUCCUCUUAGCUGGACCUAGACUGGCGUGCAAAAUUAAUGCGAAUUUUGAGGCAGAAAAGGAGCGAGAGCACUUGCAGCGUGAAGCACAUCACCACAUCAGGCCCUCCAGCGCUUCCCACUCCAGAAAUCAUGUGGGAGGAGGUCUGAUACCAUUUUCAUUUCAUUCUGCGUCUAAAGAUAAGAAGAAAUCAGAGAAUCUACGAGCUGCGGAAGCGGAUCGAUGAGCACGGACACUGAUGCAUUGCGAGGGUCUAAUAAGUUCUCUUCCGCGGGAUAUAAUUUCCCGAACGGCCAAUUCAAACUACCAAGACCUUGGUCGACCGCGAGAUGAUGAAAACUAAAUGCACAUCUCAGUCCUCAGAAAUAGGGUUAGAGGAGAUAGCGCUUCAGCGAAUAUCUAAUAAAUAAUUUUGUUUGUCCGUCAUGCAUCUGGCGUUUAGAACUUUUGUGAAAAGAGACGGGCCAGAGGUAUAUUAUAUGGUGGAAGAGCCAAAUUCAAUUAUCUGACCAACGGAAACUCAUUAACAGAGCCGCUGCCCUCCAA